AUGAUGCAUGCUGAGGUGUUUGUGUGCCCGCAGGCGUCUCUUCUGCAGCUGGAGCAGAGCUGCGAGUCUGCUGGUUCUCAGGUGAAGCUGCAGGAGAAGAUGCUCUCUGCUCUGCUCUGCGAUACGGAGCAGCUCCAGCGCAGCGUCCUCCGUCUGGACGCACAGAUCCACAGCCUCCUGCUGGAGAACCUGGAGCUCCGGAGCUGGACGGAGGAGCAGCAGGAGCGCCGCCGCUCCCAGCAGACGGAGUUCAGCUCGCACCGCAGCCGCGUGAGCGACUACAGGACAGCCGUGUGUCUGCAGGAGAGCCGCGCGCACCACCAUCAGGAGCUCCAGCACAAGCAGCAGGAGGCGUCUGGACUCAGACUCGCUCUGGAGGAGCUCCAGACCGACCUCCAGAAACCAGUCCGUCAGACGCAGAAGGAACUCGAGCUUCUCAAGGAGAACAUUCUUGCAGCCAGACAGACUGUGAUGGAGAGAAAAGCUCGUCUGGAGAACGAACGGCAAACGCAGACGCAGCUGAGGAGAGAGAUCGAGAUUCAGGAGCGCAGAUGUGAGGCCAUCCUGAAGCGUCUGCGCAGUCAGCUGAAGGAAGCUCAGUCGGGUCACCUGCAGCUGCGCAGCGACGUCACACACCUGCAGACGCAGCUGGAGGAGCUCAGGACUCAGCUGGAGCGAGACGGACGCUGAUGGGGCUUAAGACAACAAGUUAAAGGUUCUGUGGGAAUGUGUUUGAACUAGAGCUGCGGAACGAUUCGUCACGAUUAAUCGAUUCAAAAUAA